AGAACGGAGCGAGCUCUCCUGUGAGGAGAGAGCGUUCAUGCUGCUGUGAGAUGGCAUCAUUUUACUGCGCUGUGGCGGCGGCGGCAUUAGAAGCGGCGGUGGCGGCGGCGGCGGCGGCGAUAGGGAGCAGUGCCGAGGGCUGAGGGGGACAACCCUCCGCCACAGCAAGGGGGCAGGGGCAGCGGCGGCGAAGGCGGUGGCGGCGGUACCACCAUCACCACCACUACCGAGUAGUUGGCCUCCGAGCCACGUAGCUGAUUGAGUGCCUUCCCACCAGGGAGUCUCAUCUUCUGGCCCUAUCUCUUGUUUCAUUUUGGAUUGUUUCAUCAUAGGAUUUACAAGGCUGAAGUUGCAGCCUCUGACAUGGCCGCAGCCUCUCCAAGAUCUGGAAACAGUAAUAACUACAAUGGGCGACUACAAAUGCAAGUAACUAUUUCUAGUGCCAAACUAAAAAGAAAAAAGAACUGGUUUGGUGGAACAGCUAUAUAUACAGAAAUAAUAGCAGAUAGUGAAGUUAAGAAAACAUCCAAAUCCAACAGUUCCUCAAAUCCAAAAUGGGAUGAACAGUUGACUGUGAAUGUGACUCCACAGACCACUUUGGAAUUUAGAGUUUGGAGCCAUCAUACUUUAAAAGCUGAUGCUUUAUUAGGAAAAGCCACUGUAGAUCUUAGACAAGCUUUGGAAAUACAUAAUAGAAGAUUGGAAAGAGUUAAAGAACAGUUGAAACUCUCACUGGAAAACAAGAGUGGCUUGGUCCAAACAGGAGAACUGAUAAUAGUGCUUGAUGGUUUGGUGCUUGAACCAGAAUCUCUUACAAACUGCAGUUCAUUAGUAACCAUAGAAGUCCAGCAAAAUGGUGAUGCUUUACAUGAAAACAGAGAAACAUCUACAAGAACCACUUCCAGAAUAGACAAUCAAACACCAUCAAGCUCCAUAGUACCAAUCUCAUUUCCUAUACAUGCAUUUAAUGGAGAUAGUGGAGACAGCACACCAUCUCCUUGUAUUGCAACCGGACCCAAAAAUACUCCAACACCAAAACCACUUACAAGUGAGCCCGACAGCAAUAUUGUUAAUUGUAGAUCAUCUGUCAUGGAAGCUGAAGAUCAUUCACCCUUGGAUACUCCUAUGGAUUCUGCAGAAGCAUCCUCUGUGUCUGUAGACUGCACUGCUGCUACUAUAGAACCUCCUUUAAGAACAGAAGCUACUACUAGUAAUUCCGAGAGCAGCACAUCUACAUUUGCCCUUAGUGUAUCUGCUGGACUUGAAACUGUUCAUCCUACUGAUUCAUUGUCUUCUAAUAUACAAAACAAUGCAACCACAGAAACAGCGAAACCAAGGGAGUCUUCAAAUGUAUUGGGGGAAACUGCAAGGCAACAGCCUGGUAACACCAGCAUAGAACCUUUGCCCCCAGGGUGGGAACAAAGAAAGGAUCCUCAUGGUAGAACCUAUUACGUUGAUCACAACACAAGAACUACAACUUGGGAAAGGCCUCAGCCUUUGCCACCUGGGUGGGAAAGAAGGGUUGAUGAUCGAGGGAGAGUUUAUUAUGUGGACCAUAACACACGGACGACAACAUGGCAGCGACCAACAAUGGAAUCAGUCAGGAACUUUGAACAAUGGCAGUCUCAGCGAAACCAAUUGCAGGGAGCUAUGCAACAGUUUAACCAACGAUACCUUUAUUCCGCUUCAAUGCUGACUGCUGAAAAUGAUCCACUUGGUCCUUUGCCACCAGGCUGGGAAAGGAGAGUUGAUUCAAAUGAUAGGGUGUAUUUUGUAAAUCACAACACAAAGACAACACAGUGGGAAGAUCCACGGACUCAAGGCUUACAAAAUGAAGACCCACUUCCUGAGGGCUGGGAAAUCAGAUAUACCAGGGAAGGUGUAAGAUACUUUGUUGAUCAUAAUACACGAACAACUACCUUCAAUGAUCCUCGUACUGGUAAAUCCUCUGUAAAUAAAGGACCUCAAAUUGCUUAUGAACGCAGCUUUAGAUGGAAACUUGCUCACUUUCGCUACUUGUGUCAGUCAAAUGCUCUGCCGAGCCAUGUGAAGAUAAAUGUAUCCAGACAAACCUUGUUUGAAGAUUCCUUCCAACAGAUCAUGGCUUUAAAACCCUAUGACUUAAGGAGAAGAUUGUAUGUCAUAUUCAGAGGAGAAGAAGGACUGGACUAUGGUGGUUUAGCCAGAGAAUGGUUUUUCUUACUUUCCCAUGAAGUGCUGAACCCUAUGUACUGUCUAUUUGAAUAUGCUGGAAAAAGCAACUACUGUCUACAGAUAAAUCCGGCAUCAACAAUAAAUCCAGAUCACCUUUCAUAUUUUUGCUUUAUUGGGCGGUUUAUUGCAAUGGCAUUGUUUCAUGGCAAAUUCAUUGAUACUGGGUUUUCCCUACCAUUCUACAAGCGCAUGUUAAACAAGAAACUUACAAUAAAGGAUUUGGAAUCGAUUGAUACUGAAUUUUAUAAUUCCCUAAUUUGGAUAAGGGACAACAACAUUGAAGAGUGUAACUUAGAAAUGUACUUCUGUGUUGACAUGGAGCUGCUAGGGAAAGUUACCUCGCAUGAGCUAAAAUCAGGAGGCUCAAACUUACUUGUUACAGAAGAGAACAAAGAAGAAUACAUUGGUCUAAUGGCAGAGUGGCGGUUUUCACGAGGAGUGCAAGAACAAACCAAAGCUUUCCUUGAUGGAUUUAAUGAAGUUGUUCCCCUUCAGUGGCUACAGUAUUUUGAUGAAAAGGAGUUGGAGGUUAUGCUCUGUGGCAUGCAAGAGGUUGAUUUGGCUGACUGGCAAAGGAACGCUGUAUAUCGCCAUUACACAAGAAAUAGCAAGCAAAUAAUAUGGUUCUGGCAGUUCAUAAAAGAAGCUGACAAUGAAGUCCGUAUGCGGCUGAUGCAGUUUGUCACUGGUACUUGCAGAUUACCACUAGGAGGAUUUGCUGAGCUCAUGGGAAGUAAUGGUCCUCAGAAAUUCUGCAUUGAAAAAGUUGGCAAAGAAACAUGGCUACCAAGAAGUCAUACAUGUUUUAAUCGUUUGGAUUUACCGCCUUAUAAAAGUUAUGAACAGCUAAAGGAGAAGCUGCUUUUUGCAAUUGAGGAGACAGAAGGAUUUGGGCAAGAGUAAAAUUCAAGUAAAUUUUUUACAAAAGCAGGUUGGAGCAACUAAAUUGCACAGUUAGUUGUAUAUAAGCUGUUUCUUGUGUACAGUCAUUUUUCUGGAACUCUUUAAAAAAGUUCACUGUUCUUCCACAAAGAUAUGCAAAACAGUUUUUCCUUCUCUAUUUAUUUUCCCCUCAGAGACUGACCAGAAUAAAAUUGAAGCAGAAAAGACUUUUAUUUUUUAAAAAGUGUAUAUAUACGUACACAAUAAAGAGCUCUAGUUUUAUAGAGCUUUAGACUAAUAAAACAGCCAUUCAGAAGAGUAAGGAGUUACUUUCUUGGCUUUGUUCAGAAAAUGUGCAGACUGCUCUUUAUUCUUCUCAUUUAUGCAACAUCUCCAAAGUUAUUUCUAUUGCAUGGCUGUUAUAAAUGGUGUUAAAGGCUUAGGCCAAAUGCAUCCUUACUAUGUAGAAAAAUGCUGCUGGCUUUUUGAGAUGAUAGAAUGUGAUAUUCUGUCAGCUUUACUUUUUAAAAAAUGUAAUAGCUGAUAACCCUCUUUGCUACAUCUUUGUAGCUAAGGUCAUGAAUAAAGCCUUUAUUACUUGCACAAGAGUAAUGUACAAUAAAAUGAAUGUGAUUAAUGUUAAGACAUUGGUGCCACUGUUCUGACUUACUGUAGAAGCUGAACAGACUCUUCUAACUCACUGAGCAGCAUUGAAAAUUGUUUACAUAUACUACCUUGGAUUAUUUCCAAGAAAAUGGUAGGUAAUAUUCAAAGAAAUAAAUAAAAAAGUUCUUACAUAUUCUGUCCGGUCUGGUAUCUUACAGGCUUUUCAAAAAUAUAGUGGUGAUAUGCUUCAAUUUCAUAGGAUAACUAAUUUUAAACUUUAGGAAGAUAUAAAAAAUAAUGUGAAUUGUUCUUCUCAUUUUUGUUAUGAUUUAGAGUACCCAAAUAGUUACAUAGACUUUGCACAACUGACCUAAUUGUCUAUUCAUCUACAUAAUUCUCAUCCCAUUUAAUUUUAAGGGGAAAAAACUCCAGAUGUUCCUAAUAUAACAUCUCUGAAAUUUAUUUUUAUAUAGGCUAAGGAUUAUUGUCAUAUAUAUAUAGAGAGUCAGCAGUAUUGAUGAGUAUUUGCUGUACUGCGAACGUGUAAGAAAUUCUACAACCUUGAUGUGAAUUAACAAAUGCUAUUUUAGCAAAUUGUGCUUCCUUAUUAGAAUUACAUUUUAAAUUACCAUUUGUAUCAUGCUUUCAAUAUCCACUGUAAAUUCCAUUAACUUUUACAGUUUUGUACACACAUGAAACAAUUUCCUAGAAUUAACAUUUCUGUAACAUAUCAGACUGCAAAAAACCCUGUAAAUGUCAUAUGACUGUGCUAUAUUUGCUCUCAUUUUUGCAAUAUAGCAGUUGAAUUCUGCCAAAAUCUUAUUUUUCUACAUAUUGAUACACUUUAUUAUCCAUGGAUAUUAACCUGUGAAUGCCUUGUUAAAAAGUACAGAAUUGAUUAGCAGACCUCCAGCCUAUCUUGUUAAUUACCUUAUGCACAUCAAGAUUAUUUUCAUCUCUUAGAGUGCCCUCCCAUAAUAUACUGCUGUCUUGAAAAGAUAUACCUAAUUAUUCAUGUUAGUUUAUAUAGAAAGCGACUGAAAAACAAAGUAUGAUUUGCCUAAACUCUAAUUAAAAAUAGAAGAUUAAACUCAGUACAACAAAAACACUUUAUUUACACUAUUGAAUGAAUGGGAGAAUCAUUGCAACAGUUGCUCUUGUAAACUGGUAACUAACAAUAAAAGACAGACAGUGCAUCACAAAA